GCUCCCACCGGCGGCCGCCGGCGCCGUUUACGGUAGGAAAUUCCGGGAAUUUCCACCCGUGUCGGUUCACUCCGUCGUCAUCCGCGAACGACCGACGGUGCCCGACGGCCUGUGAUGUACGCGGCCGAGAGGACGGCCGAGGGAGCGGAUUGGAGCGGAAGCGGCGGUAGGAGGACGUCUCCGGGGUGUAACUCUCGGUAGAAGGGACGACGACGAGGGCAGGCAGCACCCGAACGGGCGGCGUUAUCGAUGGCAGCGUGGGUGUGAGUUCCGAUUAUUUCAGCACGCACAAGUAAUUACUUCUCUCCGCGAUUAUUACGCGGCCAGUGCGGAUCGUGGUUGUCGCGUCGUCGCGCGCGUCAGCGAUCCCGACGACGUUCAAGGUCGCCGGCGCGGCGAACAACAACGCGAAGAGCCGAGAGAGCGGCGGCGACGGCGGCAGCGGCGGAGGUGGCGGUGGCGGCGGCGGCGACGACGGCGACGUACGUCGUGCGGCGAACUGCGUCGUAAAACGUCUUCGCCGAAAAACCGUCUGUUUCCGAAAACGAGGGAGUAGUAGGGGCCGUGGCACCAGGAAGAUUAUAAUUAUCUCACAAAAUGGCGCUGUGGCUGAAAGCACAGCAACUAUCGCAAGAUUCGUUGCAAAAGGUACGCAACAUAUAUGGAGAACACUUCCCGAUUGAAGUGAGACACUUCUUGUCAUCAUGGUUGGAAGAAAAGUUGUGGAAUAAUGUUGAUAUGGAAAGCCCACAGUUUGAGCACUAUGUAAACAGUUUUGUUGGAUCAUUGAUACUUGAGUUAGAAUCAAAAGCAAACACUCUUACCACGGAAGACAUGUUUGUAACAAAGAUGAAAUUGAUAGAGGCUGCUACCAUGUUCCGACAAAGAUACAGCGAAAAUCCAAUGAUAUUGUACAAAAUAAUUAGACACUGUUUGACCACGGAGAUGAAAUUAGUGGCAGAAGCUGAACAUUUAGGAGGUUUAAUAACCAAUGACAGGGUCACCAGUUUGAUGAUAGGCGACACGGUUACGGAAAUAGCUCAUCAGGUCGAUAUAUUGCGGCGAAAGACAUAUGAGACCGGGGAAGACUUACGAAAGAUAGAGCAGGAGCAAGAAUCUUUCGCUCUCAGUUAUCAUGAAUGUACGAAACUGAAUGCCCAUUUGCAACAUAUUGCUAUGCAAGUGCAAAAUCAGCAAAAUAUGGAGUUAGAAAAGAAGAUUAGAAGACAAAAAGAACAGCAGGAUCUACAAUUGAGUCAGAAAGUAAAUGGCGUGGUUCGUUUACGUUUGAUGUUGAUGGAGAAAUUGGAUGAUAUUAUUAAGAAAUUGAAUAUUUUACAAUCAAGAAUUCUCGACGACGAACUCAUAAGAUGGAAGAGAGAUCAGCAGUUGGCUGGGAACGGUGCAAAUUUUGCAUCCAACAAUUUAGAUUCCAUUCAAGAGUGGUGCGAGAGUCUUGCCGAAUUAAUUUGGCAAACCCGGCAACAGAUUAAGGAAGCAGAACGUUUGAAGCAAAAGUUUCAAUGUGAACCACCAGGCAUCCGUGACACUCUUCCGAGUUUGAACACUCAAAUUACGCAGUUUCUCAGUUCGCUUGUUACAAGUACCUUUAUUAUUGAGAAACAGCCGCCGCAAGUCAUGAAGACCAACACUCGUUUUACAAGCACGGUGCGCCUUCUUGUUGGAGGUAAAUUGAACGUUCACAUGACACCGCCGCAAGUAAAAGUAAGCAUAAUUAGCGAAACACAGGCAAACGCUUUGCUGAAAAGCGAGAAGAUGGCAAAGUGUGGCGAAGUCAGCGGCGAGAUUUUAAAUAAUACAGGCACAAUGGAGUAUCAUCAAGCAACAAGGCAACUAUCAGUGAGUUUUCGCAACAUGCAGCUGAAGAAGAUCAAACGCACGGAGAAAAAAGGUACAGAAUCCGUGAUGGAUGAGAAAUUUUCAUUACUGUUUCAAUCGCAGUUUUGCGUCGGCGGAGGCGAAUUAGUAUUUCAAGUUUGGACUUUGAGUCUGCCCGUUGUCGUGAUAGUACACGGUAACCAGGAGCCACAUGCGUGGGCCACGGUUACUUGGGAUAACGCGUUUGCUGAACCAGGUAGACAACCGUUCCAAGUACCUGAAAAAGUGCCAUGGGCACAGGUGGCUGAGGCAUUGAACAUGAAGUUCCGCUCGGCGACCGGUCACCCAUUGACCGAAGAUAAUCUCCGAUUUCUCGCGGAGAAGGCAUUCCGAAGCAACGGCAAUUCAGUCCAGGAUUAUUCAAACAUGUUAUUGAGUUGGGCGCAGUUCUGUAAAGAACCGCUACCCGAAAGAAACUUCACUUUUUGGGAAUGGUUUUAUGCCGUCAUGAAGUUAACUAGAGAACAUCUGAGAGGUCCGUGGAUCGACCGAUAUAUCCUUGGAUUUAUCCGGAAGAAACAAGCCGAAGAAAUGCUGGCAAACUGCGCGGUUGGCACGUUCCUGAUGCGUUAUUCUGAUUCAGAACUCGGCGGUAUUACUAUCGCUUGGGUUGGAGACCAAUCGACAUCAGAUCAUGUCUUUAUGCUGCAACCAUUCACUAGCAAAGAUUUUGCUAUUCGAAGCUUGGCUGAUCGUCUUGCCGAUAUGCAACAUCUGCAAUAUCUCUAUCCAGAUAUUAGCAAGGAUACCGCCUUCGGCAAAUAUUACACUCCAUUCACUGAUAACCAAACUCAAACAUCAAACGGGUAUGUUAAGCCAUAUUUAGUAACGCACGUGCCAGGAUGGGGCGCUCUGCCUAGCAUCGGUGGUCAAACGCCAUCACAUUCGUCCGUAACAGGUGUAAACAACAACGGUCAGAGUGGUCCGGGCGGAAGUUACCCUGCUACACCACAAACCGUGUUUCCACCACACAGUCCGCCAGACCCGUCCACGCGGGACACGCCGUCCGUAGCAUCAAGCUACGCUCCGGGUCUCGGCCAGUCAGGCGUUGGACAGCCAAGUUCGGACAUGGACUACAUGGAGAUGAUUGCUAACAACGAAUUGCCAUCGAUCGAUGAAAAUCUCAACUUGGAGCAUUUGAACAACUUCGGCUUCGACUUCAUGCAGUACAACCAAUCUAACAAGCUGCAAUAGGAGGUAUGCCUGCGAGAUGCACCGUCGUCCAUGAUAUACGACGGCACAUCCGUGAUAAUCACCAUUGCAGGUCUAAUCCCCGAUUUUUCUUCGAUCUCUAUUUAUCAGUCACACUGAACCGCACCGUAGCCAACUGAAAUGUAUCGCGAAUUGUUAACAGGGGAGGGAUCAAUGUAUCCUAUAAUGAUAUAAUUAUAUUUCUUUUUCUCUCUCCUCUUACAACAACCCAUGCAUGGCCAAUGUUUUGUAAUUACAAGUUGGCUUUCUUAUACUUUAGACUAUAGAGAAAGAUAAAGUUGUUAUCAUCUUUUACCUCUAAUAUGGUAUAUAUGUAAUAUAUCUCUGUUGAUCUUGUUCUCUUAUACUCAAAUUGCACUGACUGAGCAAUACGUCCGAGAGUUCUUGUAUGAAUUAUGUUGAUAUUCAUUAUGCGAUUCAUUAUUAAAUAGAUACGAAAAUAUUCUUAUCUAUUUAAUGAGUUGCCCUGUCAUUAUGACAAAAAUUGUGAUUUUUUUUUGUUAUUUUAUGGGAAAAAAUAAUUCUUUAGAUUCAGUUCUUCAAUAUAUUUCCAAUUUAUAAAUUCUUCUAGUGAACAACCAAAAAAAUUUUGUUGUAUUCAUUUCCGUUAACGAUUUCAUUAAUUUUAUCAAGUUCUCUCGUUAAGCUUUUCGUAUGUAUCAUUUUUUUGUAAUGUUCAAUAUAAGUUAAGUUCUUACAUGAUGUAAAAGAGACUUAGUACAAAGAUUUAUAUAUUAUUGUCUAUACAUAUAAAGUGCUAACAGAGCAUAUGUAAUUAUAAAGAUAGAAUACGUCGCUUGUGAAUAGCAAAUUAAAAAAAGCUACUAAACAUAUCUAUAAUAUCUAUAUUACAUAUAGAGAUUGAUAUAACAAUUAUUUUUGUUAAACAUUUAGAUCGUUUUAUAGAGAACAUUUUAACGAAAUGCUAUAUAAAUCAUGUUAAUCUUUUAUUCUCUUUUUUUAUAAUUGUGUACAAAAUUACGGAAUCAUGAUUACGAAAUGGUUUUAAAUCUUUAAAAGAUUAUAAAGAGAAAAGCAAAAUCUUUUUUAUGUUGCUUGUCUAAUUCAAAUGUUUAGGAUUAUUAGAUAGAGAUUUAUUGAGGAGAGAUUUAGAGUGUAUUCACAUUCGAACAAUCCAUAGACCAUUAUUUUCACGAUCACCUAGUCAAAUUGCCAUUAUAUGCAUUUUGAAUUUUGGAAAUAAGUAACCGUGAAAAACAAAAUCAUUUAAAGUUUUGAUUUCGUUGUAUUUUUAAUCACGCAAGAAAGUGAUGUUGAAAGGAAUGAUAUAGCGUAUAUUAAGUAGAUUUAAACGUGCAUUGUGUGAUGUAACCUAAAGUAAGUGCCUUGCGCAUUUUUAAACUUUAUGUUUUGCAAUAUUUCGGCAAGUUCUGCAAAGAUCUCGUCGAUUUAAAUGUUUUAAUUGAUUUUUAAGAAGUUUUUUAUUUUCGUGAUAUCUUAAGUUUCUUGCAUCUACAUGGUAUUUUUGUCGAGAGAUAAGUUAUCUCUAAAAAAUAAUUUAGGAUGUCCUUGCGAAGAUUUUUUAGAUUGAAAUCUUAUGUAUAACAUCAAUUUUUAGAAUUAUUUUUAGAAUUAAAAAAUAUUUUUAUAGGUAUAAGAUAGAGAGAAAAAGGAGAAAGUAAGGAAAUUAAUUUUUAUAGAGUUUACGUAAAACCUCCUUACUUUUUAAAAUUUUAACUAUAAUAACUUUAAAGUUAUAGUUACUACGGUGCCCUAUUCCCUCCCCUGUAUGUUUUACGAUAUAACGUGACACAUAUGUUUAGAUAAAGUACGCGGAAUAAAGUAUAUUGUAGAACAUAUAA